GCCACACUUGUAAGCAGGAAGCGGAAGAUGAACAGCUCCUACACUUGUACGUCGUGGAUCUUUCAAGAAGUAGAGCGCGAUCUUCUCGGAGUACUAGAUGAACCAGCGACUGCAGCGAACUCAGGAUCUCUUUUUUUUCUGCCACUCGGCCACUUCUACGUCUCAGUCGUGCCCACUCGGGCACUAGGUUCGUGGCAGCUGCAUUCAAGUAUUGUGCAAAACAGGGACCACGUUGCCCUUGAACGAAAUGUUUUCGAAACGUCAACUCUGCCCAGCGCGACUGGAUGUGCUGGCUCCUACCCCUACAGCGCGAUCAAGGAAGAUCUUCCUGACCAUAAUUCUCGCAUGGGUCUACAUUCUGAGCCAGCAUCAGGUCUCCAUUGUUGACGCGCUAGAUCCGCAGAAGAUACAACAAGGUGACCAAGAUGAAAAGCAAGCACAAAGUCCAAGACGAGAACCUGGUGGUCGUUCAUCCGCACCAGAGAACAACGAGGUAGAAGGAGCUCAGUACCACGUGCCUUCGACCGAGCGCCAGUCGUCCACCGCGAGUACAUCAACCACGGCGAGUGGAGGGGCAGUUUUGAAGAAGCAAGAGAAAAAAGAGGAAAAACAAGGCACACAUGAUCGACUCAACAGUCCGCUGGACCACCACCAGCUUCAGGGCAAAGCCAAAGACCGCGGUGAGGAAGAGCAUAAGGGAGAUCACCAAACUUCUUCUGCCGGUGAAGAUCGUCAUCAAGCCGACAGCACGACAGCGGCAGAUGGUGAUCGUGCUCUGAAGCAGAAGCUGCGCCAUGGUAAGAACAACAAAAUGCGGGAAGGUCCUCGCGGAAAUGAAAAGACAAGGAGAAACAAUAAGACGGGAGACAUUUCAUCCCGUGCUGAACGCGCUUCCUCAUCUCGGCAAGAGCAAGAUGUUGACCACGAAGCUCAUCGUGCAUACGUUCAGCAGGGUCACGUGUUUCUGUGCGGUGGGUUCGGGGUUCUUCUGUUUCUCCUCUCGCUUGUGCUCUUGUAUUUUUGCGCUUGUCAUGUACAAGAGAAUCAGGUGCACGGCUCGUGGGUGGCGAUGUUCAGCAGGUACAGCACUAGCGGCCCCUACACGGAACAAGUUGUUCAAGUUUCUGAGCAUGACCAUUAUCCGACAGCACAACCAGAAGAUUCAACAUCGCACCACGACCACGAACGACGAACAAAGAACAAAAGGCCGCGGCACAAGUGACCGGCGACGUGUUCUGAAAGAAGAACGACGGCCACGAGGAAAAAGCGUGCUAGGCGCAGCUCCGGAGUACACGGCAAGCGUUGGGCUCGACCCGAAGUCUUGGUGUUGUAGAUGAAACGUUGGCUGGUUCUUUCUAUUGAAAGUUGCGAUCAAAUUUCGCAUGGUCGAACAAGAGCAAAAGAAAACUAAAUGUUUUUCUCUGUCGUAGUUCACAAGCACGAGCGACGUCGUGGAUAGAAAUUGUCGACAGUCCUAUCUAUGGAGGCGGGUCGUUCUCUACGACAAAAAAAACAAUAGAGCGCAGCAGCAGCUUGCUUGCGCCCCUGGCCAAUUGCUGUUGGCUUCUUUGACAUUGCGUGGCGGGGCUUUAGUAUUCAGAUUUUUUCGCGCCCAUUCCUUUUGUGGCGCGCUUGCGGAUCGCAGUUUUUCACUUAUGACUCCGCUCUCUUUCGGUGGUGCUUGAUGUAUUUCCUCCUGAUGUGGUUUCUAAAAAGUCAUCUUGGUGCUAACCACACCAAGAAAAGCUUCUGCUCCACUAAGAAGAGAAAAAUACGAUGGCACUACAACGCGGAAGGGGGGAUCCAGCGAGUUAGUAUCAGUCGAAAAUCGACUUACACGCGAAUUUCGACCUUCCUGGUGUCAGUGACACGCGACUGAACCUAAAAGAAAAUCCAUCUGCCGAGUUCAGUUUCACGUCGAAAACCGACGGCGCGCUGGAUCGCCGAAAACUCCCUUCCGCAACACAAAUUUUCGAACCUUUCUGGGAGCUAAAACAAAUUCCCUCUGCUACGGCCCUGUUUCUUCAGGGUGUCAUGGAAAAAUUUUCACGCGCUGCGCGCACGGAAAUGCCCUCAGCGCCGUGCGCCCCCACGCGUCAAAAGAAAAAACUCGCUCGCGCGCCGCGCGCGAACCACUUCAAACCAUACCAGACUUCGCCGUGCAAGAAUUACGUCUGUCACGGUCAAAAAAGUAAGAGACUAAGAAGCCGCGCUUAAAAUCAAAUUUGGCCAGUCGAAGCAUUUUGGAUUUUUGAAAUCCGAUUUUGGAUCGGAGUAAAUCGCUGAGGUUUUGCGACGACCGGAUGACCGACCGCACCUACCCCCCCCUUCUCGAUACCGAGAAGGGGGUCGAUUAAUCGUACGGGCUCCUAAAAGUUUUUCUCUGUCGUAGUUCACAAGCACAAGCGACGUCGUGGAUAGAAAUUGUCCACAGUCUUGCCCUGCGGUUUCGUGUUGUAAAAUAUUUCCUCGCCGAAGCGAAGAAGUUUGGCCGUGUCGAAGUCCUCACCGUAGGCUUCCCGGUGGGAGUUGCUGCCAUUCAGGCACUUUCGCGGCAUUAUCGACAAACAGAAAACGUAGUGCUUUAUCGCAUAGCACCACAAUUUUUUCGGCAGUCCGGAGUCAGCGAUGAGUGUUCUUGUGCCCGCGAGGGCCAGCUUGUUCAACACCUCCGCGCCGCCAUUCAUCGGCGAGGAGUAGUAGGAGGUGAAGACUUGGACUAUUCUGUUAGCCCGGCACUCGGCCCGGAACCGCUCCGAAAUAAAUUCGCCACCAUUGUCCGACUUCAGCCGGCGCGGGGCGGUGUGCUUCGCGAUCCAGAGUCGCAGGCCAUUGACGCUGUCAGCCUUGCGGCGCAACGGCGCCACCUCCGGCAGCCGCGUCUUCUUGUCCGCUAUGGUCAUCGCAAAUUUGUGUCCGUGUAUGGACUCCGGUAGAAUUGGGCCGCAGAGGUCCGUGCUGAUUUCGUCAUUGAAUGUCAGUCGGCCCUCGUACUGGUCAUCCCGCGGCCCCGCCCGGUGUGGAGCCUUUGCUGCUCUGGAGAUCGUGCAACUCUGGCAGAACCCGCGGUAUGGCAGUAUGUGUGCGCUGCGGCAGUGGUCUUCGUAGCUGUAAGUUAGACACGUGUGCUCCUCCUUGGAGGUAUUUUUGUGGAAAACUACAUAAAACAAACCAUUUUGGAAUCUAUGAAUGCUAACGCUCUUCUUCUCCUGGCCGGGGAGGAAGAGCUUUGUCAGGUCCGUGCUAAAGCGAAAUCCUUUCUGCAGCAAAAUGCUGACAGAAAGAAUGUUGAAAGGGAUACUUUCGUUGAAAAUCGCCCUGCUGAUUACGAUCAGCAGGUUGUUGUUAGCCAGCGGCUUGGGUUUGCAUAUUGGUGCCUUGACUGGCUCACCGAAUAUGCCCGAGUUCACAAGCACGAGCGACGUCGUGGAUAGAAAUUGUCGACAGUAGGCCAUCCUCCGUAGGCCAUCCAGCAUUACAAAUUGCCUUCAGAACAACGCGGAGGAGUUUUCGGAUUUGCCUUCUUGCAACACAGAGACGAUGUGUGGUGUCAAAUCGGCAUCACAAAUUUUAAGAAGUGUCCCUGUUUAAUAUGGGGAGGGGAGAUUUUUCCUUGCAAUAUGUACCACAUCGGCGUCCCGAUUUUUUUGCCGGAGAAACGAACCUUGCCACUCUACGUGGGCCAGGAUUUCAUCCGCUUCCGGGAGGUUGGUCUCCAGCGGGCCGCUACCCCCCCUUUCGCCAUGGCGAAAGGGGGUCCAAUUGUUGCACAGCCUCCUAAAAGUUUUUCUCUGUCGUAGUUCACAAGCACGAGCGACGUCGUGGA